CGGUCUAUAACGGUGAGUGUUGUUUAUGAAAUCACCACACCAUCCGGCACACGCCACUGUUUUACAAUAAAGCCUUUUCCACGUUUUCAGUUAACAUAGUUCAGUGAAUUCAGUAGGAAUUCUGUAUGUCAGUGGAGUACAAAUACAUCAUGUUGCUGAGCCAUGGGAAUGAAGGAGAAGUCUGCACAGAACUGAUUACGCGCUUCGACAUUGAAAAUUGCCGGCCGCCAUUUCGCUACACGAUAGAUGGGAAACUGGGCGAUGGAGGACUGUGUCGGGGGGUGUUUCUAGUCAGGAAUGACAUAUCCGGACAAAAAUACGCGGCAAAAUGCAUCGGUUUGGGCGCCACAAGUUACGACGCGGACCUGCAACAAAAUAUAAAAGAAUUCAGAUCCAUUUUGCAGAAGUGCGCAUUAUAAUGGAACACGCGCAAGGUGGAACACUACAUCAAAAGAAUCAGAACUUUAAUCUACGACAUCAGCGCUACAGCCAGUUCGACAUCCAUCGCGAUUUAGCGGGAGUUCUCAGUGGCAUUCACUACCUGCAUCAGAGAAGCAUCGUCCAUCGCGAUUUAAAAGGCAGGAACAUCUUGUUCGCAGCCGACGGCACACCGAAGAUCGCCGACUUUGAUUUAAUGGUGCAGCUGGCACAGUCCGCUACCGGUUCACACGAAGUGCGGCGGGGCGACGGCACCACCGUGUACAUGGCUCCGGAGGCUUUCCAGCCGGCCUUUGGUAGACCAGGCCGCGCGGGUGAUGUAUGGGCGCUGGGCUGUGUACUGCUAGAAAUGCUGCACGGACAUGAACCUCGCUUCUUCCGGAAGGAAACCAACGGAGAGGUGGUGCGCUUGAUUAAAGCCGAGGAAAUAGAAAUGGCACUGGCCACCGGCUUGAAACCGUUCUAUGACCACAAUCUUGGCCGUGAUGGCUGUGGGGAUACGCGAGAUUUUCUGGAUUCUGUGGAGCAUUUUCUGGAUUUGUGCUUCCAGCCGCACGUUAGUAAUCGCCCGUCGGCGGAUAAUUUGCUCCAGCACCCUUUCGUGCAGGGAACUCCCUGGCCUGCUGUUCAAGCCAAUCAACCGGGACAUGGGCCGUACAAAGCUAUACGUCCAAGAACCCCUUUGCUUGAUGCUACAGAAGAACAGUCAAGCACCACACUGCAGAACGGCGCUGCAGCACCUAAGUCCGAGACAUGCAAAUGUGUUUGUUACGGUCUGACCAUCGUUGCUGUCACCCUCCUCAUCGCGUUGGUAAUCGUCGUUGUGCUCACAGCAACUUUGCGAUGAAUGAGAACGGUGAUAAUGUUGGGAAGAGAACUGAUUUGGCAACGUCUGCUUCCUUUCCCGCUGCUCCUCACCCUACGAGUUGGGUUUAUGGUUUCCCUGGUUGCCAGAGAAUUCUCGUUUUUUAGCAUGUCCGUUUUAUCACGAGCUCUGUCGCCACCGCGAAAUGUAAACCGCGAAAUGUGCGGCUGCGACCGCCCUAAACUUCUAAUAUUUCGUUUCAUUAGCAUUUUUGUGACAAUUAUGCUUUUUCUAUCAACUUGACAGGGUGUAAAAA